AUGAGUCUAUGGAGCCUCACAGAUCUUUUGGUGCUUAACUUGUCAAAUAAUUCUUUGAUUGGUUCAUUGCCUCCUGAUUUCUGUAACUUGAAUCACAUAUGGUUCAUGGAUCUGUCAAGGAAUCACCUUUCAGGAAGUAUUCCCACCAAAGUUGGAGACUUGCAGAGUCUUGUUUAUCUUUCUUUGGCUUAUAAUGAGUUACAAGGAUCUAUUCCGGAGUCACUCGGGAAAAUGAUAAGUUUGGAAUCAGUGGAUCUAUCCAAUAACAUUCUUUCAGGUCAUUUCAUCACCAAGAAGCAAAUUGCUACUGAUUAUACUUGUCCCAUUGGGAGCUUCCCUGAUGGCACUUGCCUCAAUUGUUUUGUUUCUGUUAAGGAGACGUGGGAAUAG